AUGGAUUUGUAUCUGAUUGGAUAUUUGAUGUGUGUGUGGUUGUCCAGCUCACGGGUGCUUGGAGGCUAUCCCAUCUGGUGGUCCCUGGCACUGGGGCAGCAGUACUCAUCUUUGGGCUCCCAACCAAUCCUGUGUGGCUCUAUCCCCGGCCUCGUACCGAAACAGCUGCGUUUCUGUCGCAACUACAUUGAGAUUAUGCCCAGUGUCGCUGAAGGUGUCAAGCUGGGGAUCCAAGAGUGCCAGCACCAGUUUAGGGGUCGCCGAUGGAACUGCACCACCAUCAAGGACAACCUGGCCAUUUUCGGCCCUGUUCUAGAUAAAGCAACCAGAGAGUCAGCAUUCGUCCAUGCUAUAGCUUCAGCGGGCGUUGCAUUUGCAGUGACACGCUCAUGUGCCGAGGGCACGUCGACCAUGUGUGGGUGCGACUCCCACCACAAGGGCCCUCCAGGGGAGGGCUGGAAGUGGGGUGGCUGCAGCGAGGAUGCAGAGUUUGGGGUGCUGGUGUCCAGGGAGUUUGCGGACGCCAGAGAAAACCGUCCAGACGCUCGCUCAGCAAUGAAUCGGCACAACAACGAGGCGGGACGCACGACUAUCCUGGAUCACAUGCACCUGCGCUGCAAAUGUCACGGCCUUUCUGGAAGCUGCGAGGUGAAGACGUGCUGGUGGGCGCAGCCGGACUUCCGCAUGCUGGGCGACUACCUGAAGGACAAGUACGACAGCGCCUCAGAGAUGGUGGUGGAGAAGCACCGCGAGUCUCGUGGCUGGGUGGAGACCCUGCGAGUCAAGUACGCCUUCUUCAAGCACCCCACUGAGCGCGACCUGGUGUACUACGAGGGCUCGCCCAAUUUCUGCGAGCCCAACCCAGAGACGGGCUCCUUUGGGACGCGCGAUCGUGUCUGCAACGUGUCGUCGCACGGCAUUGAGGGCUGCGACCUGCUGUGCUGCGGACGCGGCCACAACACCCGGACUGAAAAACGCAAAGAGAAGUGUCACUGCAUCUUCCACUGGUGCUGCUACGUCAGCUGUCAGGAGUGUGUGCGCGUCUACGACGUACACACGUGUAAGUGAGACAGACAAGCUGACUGCUGGACCUUCAACUCCCCACCUCCUGCAUGACUUCCUUGAUUCCCCCACCACACACACACACACACACACAAGCGCAGUCAAAAACAUAUUCAUCCACACACAUUCAAGCCCUAAUGGGUAAUGGCACAUCAGUAAUGGAUACUUCUGUACCAUUUUUUGUACAAAC